CCGUACUGGUACGUUUUCGCAACACAAUUUUCUCUCCGGAAGAAUUACAAGGCUUCUUUCUAACUUACUCGUAUUCUGAAGACAGAUUCUCACCUAAUUCAAAUACAAAACACGUGGCAGCAGUAUACAUGGCAAAAUGUCAAUCGAACAAACCACCAUCACGAUGUACCGUUGCAAGAUGUGUCCUUUCACGAACGAAACCCAAGAGGCGAUUGCUGUCCAUUUCCUGAAGCAGCAUAUGUAUGUUGACUUCUGCUCUCUCAGUGAAUCGGUCUCCGGCGAUUAUCAAGUUUGCGUUGAAAAAUUCCCGACGCAGGAGAAAUCCCCAAGUAGCCAAGAGCAAGCCAGUGAAGCCAGAGCACAACGAAGACGAAGUCAGAGAAAGGGGAAGGCAACUGCGUGCAUAUCAACAACUUUAGAAAGCUCUAACUCGCUUGGCGAAACAGAUCAUGAUAUAUUAGCACAGGGUUUGGAUAAAUGUUGCAAAGGAGCAAGUCGUGCUACGAGGCCCACUAGACAAGCCACCGAUAAGAAACAAGACGAGAGUAGUGAUUUCGAAAGUAAUGAUGAUCGUCUUGGUCGUGGGAAGAGAAAGAAAAGCACUCCGAAGAGAUUUAGAACAGACGGUGAUCAAUCAAAUUGGACAGGUACAAAACUUAAGAAAAGUGUACCUUCGGCGUACACAAAAAUACUUCAACAGAGCGAAACCAAUGCAGCAAUGAGAGAUAAGGAGGUAGAUGGAGUUGGUCAACAGGUUCAAGAAGAUCCAUCAAAACAUGCGAGUAUCAACGAAGAGACCAAGCUCGAAACCAUAAGUCGGACUCAAAUGCCUAUCGGUAAAAGGGUAUCUCCACAUUUGAAAUCUGCUACAGACAAAACUGAACCUCAAAAAAGUGCCAAUCAAUCGAGAUCAAAACGGAAACGUUCUGAAGCUUUAACUGCAAAUAUCAAAGCCGAGACAAUAAAUCAGAAGAUCAAGAGAUUGCCGAUACCUUUCAUUCAGUUCAAGAAAAAGCUGGACCACAUGAUGAACGAGUGGGAAAUAGCACAUGAGAGACAGAGAGGGGGAUUACUGCAAACUUGUUCGUUUGAAGGCUGUUUAAUAAAGUUAAAUAAAGAAGAGAUGAACAUGCACGAAUCUUGUCACGUCAAAUCUAUGGACGGUCUACGAUGUCCCAAGUGUGACUUCCUGUGUAUUUAUUGGAGAAUCAUGAGGAAACACCUUCGAAACCAGCAUCAAGUGUCGAUAGAGAAGUCUUUUCAUUGUGAUCAAGAGAACUGUGAAUAUAAGUUCAUUCGAUCUAAUCAACUUCGCAAACAUAUUAUGGACAGGCAUUUCAAAGAAGUUCUUGUUGAUAGAAUACUGAAGGGAGAUCUCGACAUGAAGGAGCUUGAGGCAGAUGGUGGACAAGAAGAGCUUGUUCCUAAAUCUGUCCGCCAAAAGCGAAAGGUUCGAUCUGAUGCAUCCGAUGAGAGCUUAAAAAAGAAGAGACGGUUGCCUCAAGCUAAAGGUGACAGUGAUGCAAUUGCGAAUGAUCACAGGGGCAAAGUCACAUUCGUAUGUGACCUCUGUUUGUCUAAAUUCAAGGAUGAAAUUGCUAUGGAAACGCAUAAGAAAGGCCACGAAACAGAUCAAGAAGGGAUGUUAAUCUGUUCAGAUUGUGAAAUUCCCUUCGAAAGUACCGAUGCGUUGAAAGACCACUACCGCAAAGAGCACAAGAGAAAACUGAUGAGACAUCAGUGCCAGCAAUGCUCUUUUGCAACCGAUAAGGUCUAUCAAAUGAAUGCACAUCAGGCAAUACACACCGGGGAGAAGGGUGUUAUGUGCGAUCAAUGUGGAAAGUGGCUGGCCAAUCAAUACAACCUGAGGGUCCACGAGUAUAGGAAGCAUUCUACAGAGGAGCAGAUGACUGUCACUUGCUCUGAGUGUCCGUAUAAAUGUGCAGAUAAAUCAAUCCUAAGAGAUCACAUUAAACAGCAUCACAAAUGGAUGCUUAAGAACCCGAUCUACCACAAAUGUCCCCACUGUGACUACGUGGGCCACAAGAAGCAGAGCCUGGAGUUCCACAUGCGGAUUCACACAGAGCAACGUCGGUUUAAGUGCCACCUCUGUCCCUAUGCCAGCAAGACGAAGAACCACCUGAAAAUACACAUGCAGACGCACGAUGGCUACCAGUCCGCUUCUUGCCCUGAUUGUGAUUUUAAAGCUGCAUCAAAAAAGCGUCUUUCUGAGCACAUAAUGCGUCGCCAUCUCGAAGUAGAGCCAUAUGUUUGCAAGAUAUGCGGCUGGCGGACUGCCUACAGUGGAAACAUGUGGAAGCACAUCAACCAACACAAAAUCAAGCUGGGCAAUGAUAUGCCAGACGAACCCGUUACCGUGGAGCUUGAACUGCUGAAAGGAACUGUUCUCCCGGUGAUGCCGAAAGCACCGACCGGAAAAACACGUGGUCAGACUGGAGUCGAGAACGGCCUCUUAGUGGAUUUGGUGCUCAAUAAUCCACAGAAUGAUUCUGUCGACAUAUGCGAAGAAGAGCUUACGGCGGAACAAGACGUUGGUACCUCACCUGGGAGUGAGCAAAUACAGGUGUUGCAGUUUUCUGGUGAUAACGCUCAGAGUACUUUCCUAGGUGGCUGCGAUGAAGGAAUUCAGAUUGUCCAGAUUGGUGAGGAUGCUCUUGGAGUGACUCCAGAGCUUGGUGAACAGGUUGUUGCCCACAUCCGACAUGGUGACUCCACACAGAUUCCUCACGAAUCAAGUCAGAUGGAGAUCUUUAUCACCCAUGAUGGCAAUGGUGAUCGACCUGAUGACGCCGUAGAGGUGCUACAUGUCAAGGAAGACGGGAGCAUUGUCUCUUCAACGAUAAACAGGGACGUUGAAGUGGCUGUUCUGGCAUUGGCACAACUUGAACCAGGAACCCAAGCUAUGGAGCUCCCAGCUGCUGGUGGAGAUGGGGGCGGUCGGAUUACUAUCCUUCAAACUGUCCAGAAAAACCAAGAAACUGUUGGCACGUCCGAUCCGACAGAGAGUGGUGAUCAAGGAAGUAUUCCAGAUAAGCUUUCAACAGACAACAGCAUUUCUCCCGCGACAACUACUCCUCCGCCAAUUUCUCUGAGGAUAUAAGUUGAUGGUGAGGAUUGUGAUGUGGUUUUUGGUUUAAUAUAAUGUGAGGACUUACCCUGCCUAAAAUUUAGUCUAGAAUUGAUCUACAUUCAGGACUAAUUAAUGUUGAUGUUCUCCUUGAUUAAUUUUGAAUGUCGCCAUUGGUUAAAAAAAUAAGCUCGAUGGGGGGGGGGGGCAAUGCUAUGACAAGAUGAAUACCAUGCUUAUACACAAAUUUUGUUGUUGUUUCUUUCACCCUAUUCUGAAAAUGUUAUAUCUAAGGCGUUAAUGUUAUGGGUAGAGAAACAUGGAGAAUAAUUCUUUAGGGUAUCCUCAGACCUCAGAUCAAAGAAUGAUACACCCAGGAAUGAUCUAUGUAUGAUUGAAGCCCCAAAGCUACCCCUUUAUUAAAGAGAAAAUGGCAGGAAGUCCUAUAGACUAUUGGGGAUCCAAGGGGGAGUGUCUGAACCGUGCUCCCCUUGAUGAAUAUUUUAAUUGGGAAAUGUCGGGCAUACGCAAUGGGUUACCGGGGAGGGGGACUUGUUUGUCAAUAAGCUGGGAAAUGCAUCGUGUCCUAUAGAGUAUAGGUAUCGAAAUUGACGUAAAAGAAACUUGACAUCAUGGUAAAAUGUAAAACGUUCGGCGGUAAAGUCAAGUGGAUUCGAAUUUGUUUAAUUCAGUAAAUUGAAUAGAAAGCUUUUUUCCGAAUUCAUUGGAACUCAAGAAUGGAAAAAAGUUAGAUGUGAUGUUAUCAAGGAUUAUUGACAUGGUGGUUUAAAAAUGAUUGAUGAAUAAAAAGAAAGUACCCGGUGUUAGAUUAAGGUGGUAAGGAAGGUUGAUAACGGGACAAAGUCUAUGUGUAAACACAAGAAAUUAUUGGUCUGCGCGUUUAGGAACUCAUAAUGUAAUCAUGAAUAUUGACUUUCGGGCUCACAAUGUAACUUGAUUGUUUGAAAAGAAAGUAUGGCCAUUUUAUCUUGAAAUAAUUGGAGCUUGGUCUUUGAUUGAUAAAGAUAUAAUAAAAGAACAUCCGGUUGAAAAGAAUAUCAAUGGUUCAAUCUUAUUUUUAGAAAUGAUUAACAAUUAUUUUAAAGGGAGUUAUUCCAUAGUGCAGGAACAACCUACUUUGAAGACAUUCUGAAUGCUGUUGGAGGUUUUAAAAAUGUAUCAAAAAUAUCAUCUUUGUUAAAAUUCAGGAGUAAUAAACUACUUUCAUUGUUAAAACAUACUGAGAUCAUUUAAUUUCAAGAUACUGUUUAAUUCAUUAUUUGUGAAACGAAACGUAUGUAAAUGGAGGAUACGUGAAGACGCAAACUGCAAUGUAUAAGAAGACAAAAUACAUUUUAUGAUUAAUCGCGGAAAUGGUUUACGGUAAAAUCUUAAAUUAUUGGAAACCACUAAGUGAAGAGAGAAAGAAGUGAAAUGGAUAGCCGAGAAAAUGGAAAUUAGAAAGUAGAAUAUCUCUUUCAGACAUGAGUGUAGUCCUUAAAAGGACUGCAAACCAGAAAAAGUAAAGCUUGAAUUUAUAGUCGGCAAGAUACGAGGCUUGAGUUUGAAAGCUGGUUUAAGUUGGAGAAGUGAGAGCGGUUUGAGUAGAUAAGAAAGGCUGGCUUGAUUCGGUUAGUGGAAUUAUAAAUCGGGAGCUGAUGAGAAAACUCAUCGUGUACAUGUAUACCGUAAAACAUUUCUGCGAAUUUUAAAACCACCUUGCAAACAUUCAAACAUAUGCUUUGAUUACAUGUGAACUGAAUCAAAGAUUUUGGACUUAUGAUAAUUUGGUUAAUUGAAAGCCUAGU